AGGAGAUGUGAGGAGGACGAUCAGUUCUAAGAUGGAGGAGCCGCCCCAAUCCUCGCCAUCUCCACAGAGCAGCAGUUCAGUAUAUACUCAGCCGGACCUGCACAAGACCCCAGCCGAGACCUCCAGUCCUGAUCCAAGGAGCAGCUCCACAGGUAUGUGCAGACAGUCUCAAUCCCAGAAAACCAGUAAAACUAAGAACAAGAUUCAGAAAGGUGAAGCUUCGAAUGACGACCCUGAGAGAAGGCGAGUAAUGGAGCACUAUCUGUCUCUGAGGAGCUCUGGGUGGAUUCCAGAUGGCACAGGGAAAUGGGUGAAAGAUGAAAAUGUGGAGUUUGAUUCUGAUGAGGAGGAUCCUCCAGCAAUGCCACCACCAUGACACAAGGUCAGGGACAGAGAUGCAGAGCGCCCGGCUGGACCUCCGUCACUGGGAACCUCCUUAUCUAGUGCUGUACAACUCUUAACUUGCAGUUCAUCUCAUGGCCUGCUAGAGGGUGCUGUAUCUAUAAGAAUACUUUUCUGUAAGGUAAC